UACAAUGUGAAUCCAUACGAAAUAAUGUAAAAGGCAUUUGGAGCCUUUGAAAGCUUAAUAUUUCUGUCACUGUUCUACUUGCUAAGUUUCUCUAAAAGCCGUGUGCUGUCUUUUGAGACUGAGUGCUUUCAUAUUGCUGUCAAUAAAUGUACAUUUGGGCGGAUUUCAAGCACUCCAGGAAUUUCCAGGAAACUUCAAUUAACUUUAAUUAGUAUGACAUAAUCACCAAGUUGGUGAUGUUCAUCAUGUUAUCUACCCUACUACAGUGAACUUGACAUUUUGUGUCCCUUGCGCCUUCAAACACACGAUUGAGUUUGUUCCCUUGAUAGCAUUGGUCUAUAUUUAGGAGGGCCCUGUGACUGUUGGCAGAGCGUGUCAGAUUCCUAUGGUAUGCUCCUUUCUGGCUGGACUUGCACCUGCUGCAAGCUAUAACCCUAUGCUCCUACUAGGCGCAGACUGGGCAGCUUCUGCCAAACUUCAGUCAUAAAAAAAUCCAGGGCCAAAUGCGGCCAGACUGACUCUGUGGUCGGUGGAUACUCUGCAGAAGUGCUGGACUCUGCUGGAGGUCGACACUGGCUAGAAUGAGGGGUCAGUGAGGGACUGAAGACACAGGACUCCUUUGGGAGGACUAUCGGCUAGAGGAGAUGUUCAGAGAUUUCAGCAACACCCCUCACUAGAUCAGGCAGCGUGUACUUCUGAUUUGCCAUACUGGCCCCUCUACACACUGCAGCACUGCAUCCUGUGACACUGGGGUCUGUCGAGAAGCAAUGGAAAGCUGGGUCCUAGAGGGGGACAGCUACUCAUUCCUCAGCAGUGCUCCUCGCACCUUCAAUCUGCAAAAUAGGGAUCGGCCGAAUCGUGUGGAGAUCUUUGAUAUCACCAGAAUCCCGAGUCAACGUAGCGUUAUUUCUGAGACUACCUGCCUCUGUGACAUCUUUGGUGACGACGGUGAAGCACUUUCCCUCUCUAGUAGCCCGGCAUCGAAGGCAAUUUUCAAAAGGGAGGUGGAUGAAGUGACACCUGUGGACGACACCACUGAUUCAUCAGGAUCUUAUCACACAGCCAACGACUCAGAGCAGUCGAGUGAGUCGAGUGAUAAAUUCAACGAGUCAAGAGGGGCUCUGCCCUGCACCCUCGAAACUGAUUUAAAUUCAUCUGCAUCAGUGACAGCUCCAUCAGAUGGUCUGGAUACAAGUAAACCCUUACAAAAAGCUGACUAUCUGGAAUCUGACUCUAGCCCUCAAAGCACUGGGGUUUCCUCUGACAGUCAAGGAGUGAACUCAUUUUCCUUGACAGAGGCCUCUCCCAUUAAUGAGCCUUUGAGUUCAGGAGUGAUCAGCCCCAUCAACGCAUUUCAACGUGAGAAACCUGAAAAAAACUCAAUACAACCACAGCCAACUGCAACUUAUAUUUCUGAGACAGAGAAUGGUUUCUCAAGUCAAGAUGACUUCAGAGAUUUAGGCUCUCCACUUGAUAGAACAAAUAUUUGUCCAAUUCCUGUAUUUUCAAUCAUACCUGAAUCAAGAGACAGUCCUCUACUCUUUGAGACAAUAGGCUCUGCUGAUAAAAUACAGGAAGGUAAAGCGGACACAAUUUUUUUGUCUGAACCUAAGGGAAAAUCCAGUUCUUCUGAAGCCUGGACAGCAAGUUUUGUGAAUGAACAAAACAUUACAGCCUCAUACUCCGAGGAACUGUUUGAGGUAAACCAUAUUGAAAAAGGACACACCAUCCCCUCAAAUGACAUAAGGGGUACCAUUUCAACUCAGUCCGAAGUAGUUGAAUCUAAAGUAUUACCUAACUCAUCAUCAUCUGAGUCCACAGUAUCGACUGAGUUGUCCUCACCUGAAGCCACAGCAGUUGCCAGUUUACCUGAGCUUAAAGACAUAGCUAACAUUUCCUCACCAGAGUCCAUAUUAAUCACUAAUCCCCCUGAGCAUAUAGAAGUUGCUAGUUCACUCAAGCCCAAAGUUACCAGUUCAUCCGAGGUCGAAGAUUUACCUUACCUUUCCACACCUGAGCCCACAGUACCCACUAAGUCACCUGAGCCUACAUUAUUACCUACAUUUUAUUCACCUGAACCCCCAGUAGUCACUAGUUCAGGAAUACCACUUACACCCACAGGAAUUAAUUUACCUGAACCUGAACUAGCAACUAACCUUACAACACCUGAGCCCAUAGAAAUUGUUAAUUUGCCAGAACCUGAAUUAGCAGUUCAUUUCCCUUUAUCUGAACCAACAGAAAUAGUUAAUUCACUAGAACCUGAACUAGCAGCUAACUUCACUUCCUCUGAACCCAUAGAUAUUGCUAAUUCACCAGAACUUGAAUUAGCAGCUAACUUCCCUUCACCUGAACUCAUAGAAGUUGCUAAUUUACCAGAAUCUAAAUUCACAGCUAACUUCAAUUCACCUGAACCAACAGAAAUAUUUCAUUCACAAGAAUCUGAAUUCGCAACUAACUCCAAUUCACCGGAACCAACAGAAAUAUUUCAUUCACAAGAACCUGUAAACAUUGCUAAUUUCGCUUCACUUGAACACUCUAUCAUUUCUGAUUCACCAAAGCCUGAAACAGUAGCAUAUUUUUCUUCACCAGAACCCACAACAUUUAGUUGUUCAUCUGACUCUUCUGUAGCCAGUUCAGCUGAGCCCAUAACAGACAGUGAUUUAUCUGGGCUCGUAUCUGAGGCAAAUUCACCUGAGCCCAGAGAAACGGAUACUUUACCUGAAUCCACAGAAAGAGCUGUUUCAACUGAGCCCAUCACUUUUUCACCAGAGCCUAUUGUGAUUACCACUACACCAGAGCCUAAAGUUAUUACAACUUUGCCUGACCAUUUAGUAAGCCCUAACCCAUCUGAGUCCAUAGUGGUGUCUAUUACACCUGAACCGAUAUUAAUUUCAAUUUCUCCCAAAACCAUCAAUAUAUUAUCUACCCCCGAACCUACUAAAAUCAACCAGUCUCCUGAACCCACAAUAAUAACACCUGAAUUUGUUUUAAAAUCCCCAUCACCAAUGUUUAAUCGAACCUGUGUUUCACCUGAAAUACGGGUGACUUACUCAGAUGAACCUAGAGCAACGCCCUCUCCCUCUGAAGAUGUGAGAAUGAGCUACUUUGCUGAAACUAGAGCCAUGUCCAGCUCACCCCAUUCUGGCCAUGCAGCAUCCCCACUGGAUUCAAGAAGAACUACCCUGACCCCUGAGAUGAGCACUACCACACAGACAAACAGGAGAAACCUAUCACCUGAACUUAUAAAUAGAACUCCAUCGCCUUACAGAAGUACAACAACAUCACCUCAGGAAACAGGUUUGACACACAGUGUUGUGUCAUCAGAUAGGGUCAUGACAGAGUCACCUGAAAUUAGAGGCAUAACUUGUAGUGUUUUACCAAAUGAGAUGAAGCAUAUGGCACAAUCACCAGACCGUCUAUCUGUCAGAAGCCCUGAAAGCUCAAGUCUGUUGGCUGAGACCAGAAAUACGACCCCGUUCUCAGAGUUGAAGGACAUCUGCUCCUCCCCUGAACUAAACAAUGUCACCCCUGAGCCAGAGCGUUGUGUUUCAGAAUGUUCUCUUGAACUGUGGUCCCCAAGCUCCCCAUCUGCAGUGAAAGACACAGCAUCCUCACCAGAUGUACAGAAUAGAACUCUAUCACCUGAUGUUGCUGCAACUAAUUAUUCACCUAUUCGAACAUACUCACCUGGGCAACGAGGGUUAUCGAGCUCACCUGAAGAAAGAUAUGUUGGGGUUUCACCAGCUGCCACUUCACCAAUAUCUGAAGGACAUCAUCUUUCACCAAUUAGUGCAAAAAGUGGAGCUAGCCCCUCCACUGAGAUUCACGGCAAAGGACAACAAGUGUCUCCUCUCUCUUUCAAAAGCAAAAGCACAAGCCCUUUAUUUGAACGUGAGUUACAGGAUGAGUUACAAGAACAGGAAAUGUGUGGGCUGGAUCCUCAUUCAAACACAGUUGCAUCUCCAACCCAUCAGUACAGUCCGAUCAACCUGCCUGAUCCCUCACCUGAAUCCUUAAGAAAAUAUCCAACACCAAGGCAAGUAGACACUGACAAAAUGAUAGAAAUGAAAUCUGAAUCAAUACAUUGUGAGAACCCCUCAAACUCAAUAGCUUGGUCCCAUUCUGAAAUUGCCUCUAAAGUGGAUCAACAUAGUUGCUGGGAGGAAAAUGAAAGACGGAACCCAGAAGCAUUUGAAAGACAAUCGGUAGGUGUGAAGGCACGCCACAGGGGAUUGACAUGCAGGGAAAGCCCCACUGUCAGCCGUGGUGACGGCAGUGGAGAAUAUGACUGCUGGCCAUGGCAGGACAGGGAGGAGGGUAGAAACAGAGAGGGUGAGGAGGGUAAGGCGUCAGUUCAGGGGGAGGGGAGGAGCAGAGAGGCGGGUUACAGAGGAGAACAGGUUGAGCUGUCAUUCAGUGCCAGGAAUAGAAAGGGGCCUGCCAGCUACAGCACAGCUCCCACAAGCAGAGAUCCAAAGCUAGGAAUUCCUUCUCGCGGUUAUUCAGAGUGGCUCCUCGCAACUCGACAGCAACAGAGUAAGAUCAGAGCUCAGACCUUGCAGCAAGAAAACAAGGCUGGUGCCAGGAGGCUAAAACCAGUCCCCCGGAGCAAUAACACUGGGCCUGGCCGCUUCUCCACAGAUCACACUAGUGAGACCUCCAGCAUGGGGAGUGAGUUUGAUGAGGCUGACAGUGAGGUGAAGUGGCUGACAGACGUGGCUUUCAGUAGCCUCUCAAGCCCUCAGGUGGAUUACCUGGACAUGUAUAACUCCAGCCACAGGUCGUCUACAAACGCCUCACAGCCCUCCACUCAGGAGAGCCCUGGUGCAACAGCAUGGCUAUCCUAUGCAGACCUGCGUGGCUCAGGUCAAGGUGAAGGUGACGAUGUCUCACAUCAGCCUUCAUAUGUGCCACCACUGGGUGCCUUGGAUCCCUCGAGGCGCUUUGAGCUGGGAAGUUUUGAGUGUGUAGAUGUGGCUUUAGAGAGCAAAGAGGAGGCAAGGAAAGGCAAAAGAACAGUUCCGAAAAGGCAAAUUCAGCUCAAGAGACGUGACAACAAUGAACCAACGACCAAGGAAAACAUGGAGUGUGCUUUGGAUUCUCCUUCUAUGGAGAGACUUUCUAAGGAUACCUUUGUGCGGCAGCACAGUACACCAGUGACCAUUGAGGAGGAUAUGACAACAGAUGACCCUGAGACAGAUCAGCCGGACCGAAAACAGAAGAUGCAUAAGUCCUUGUCCCUGGAUGAGACAUCAAGCAAAACGAAAAUUGCCUCAUGUCUUCUUAAGAAUGUACUGUCUAAGAAAAUGCAGAGUUUGAGCAACCAAACUACACACGAUAAAGAGGAUUUAAGUCCAUCUGAAGACAUUAGCAAGCCCUUUGAGAGUACAACCCCACCUCCUGAAAGAGAGGACUCUAAACCUGACAAUGAUGGGUCCAGCCAAAUUUCAGACAACAGUCUGCCACCUGUGAAGCCACCAGACAGGGAAGAGCAGAGUCCACCUCAAGUGGCUAAACAGCAAAGAGGUUUUGCGCCCAAAGUGCCUCCAAAGCCGCUGCGUUACACCCUUCCUCCUCUUCCUCAGGAUAUUUCAACGAGGCCUGAACCACAGGACAAAAAAACAGUUAGGAAAGGAAGUCCUCUAGAUGCCACUACAGAGGGCAGAAACAUGGAGAAACGGAAGCCAGAGUAUGGUGGACAGCAGGCGGCUAACGGUAAUCUUGGAGGCAAGCACAGCAGUGACUCAGCGAAUGUCAGUGUCGGGAAUACAGGCACAACUGCCACCCGAGCCCUGGGCAUGCCGAGUGGAAUGAUAAACAGGGACCAGGAACGCCGUGCGAGACCGGAAAAUCAUAAACAACACAGUGGCAGGAGCAUGUUCAUGUCCAAAACGCCAGAAAUAAUGCUAAAGCCCUGUACGCCCAAGGAGAGAAAAAAACAGUCCUCUGUGAAAGUUUCUUUGUCUCCUACUCUGGAGAGAAAAGCUGGUGACAGCCAGGAAAAAGUUCUGGAAGAGAAACAGGAGGAACCCGAAUUAGAGGCAGAGACAGAGCCGACAGAAGAUGAAUGUGACACAAAUAAAAUAAAGAAACCCAUGCAUAAAGUGAGGGAUGUGAGAAGACUUGUUAAAAAUACAUAUAACCUUUCUUUUAAAGCUGCAGCCCCUGCUGAAUCACCACAAGAGAGUGAGCCCCAGUCUCAGGAGGAAACAGUACCAGUGAAACCUGCCCCAAUGCAGAUUCAAUGCAAAGCUAUCAGCAGGAAGGAAAACAAAGAACCCUCUCAAGAAAGUGACAAGCCUGCAGACACCUCAAAGACAGCUGUGGACUCCACAGAUAUGAAGGCACAGACAGGUUCCCCCCACAUCCCCCCAAAGGCAACUCAAGCCAACAAACUGACUUCAGCCUUGCCAAGCAAAGAACAAGACCCUGUUGCCCCAAGAAUGGGCACCAACACUGUUUUAGCUGCAUCCAGUCAAGUAGAGAAAGUCUCAAAUGAGACUGGUCGACACCCAAAACCGAGCAGUUCACCUCAAAUCCCUAGUAAAGUGUCAAAAAUGUUAUUUCAGCCAGAUGGCUCAUCAAAAGGCAUUCCAAAUCCAGACGCCCCACCUUCCCCGCGUUUAGCAGCCACAAGCAGCAGCCACUCUGUAUCUAUGAUACUCAAGGAAAAGGGGAUGCAAGCUGACAUUGGGGUUUGUGACGUUGUCAGUGAAGCUAGUAGCAAUCCUCGUAAACACAUUAACAGGAUUGAGGUGCCACUGCAGACGUCCUGCAUGGAUGACACUCUAGGAGAGACACCCAGAAAGGAGGUAGACUCAGCCCGAAAUUCUGCUGCCUCGUCUCCAAGGCUUGUGCUCAGUGCUGAUAAGACUGUGUCCAAGCAUGGUACCUCCCCAAAGCCACAAGAGCAGGACAAGAACGUUCCUAAAGUAACGUUUGAGGAAAAUCAGCCAUCACUUUCUAGAAAAGUACAGGGACUGACUGACUUAGUAGUUCCAGAGGUUGUCAGCAUCAGCAAAGAAACAGCUUCCCCAGUGGCAACAAGCAAAAGCCAGCUUGUUACAGAAGUGAAGCCUGCAUGUGGGGAAGCGAAUGUACCUGCAUUGCAAAAGAAAUCAAAAGAGAUAGAGCUUCCUAUACAGGUUAGAUCCAUAUCAUAUGACAGGCCUAAACCAGUGCUUCCUACAAAACCAAGCUGCAAGCAGCCCUUGAUAGAAAUAAGGUCGAUAUCAAAUGAAAAAACAAAAGGAGACAAACAACAACCUGCAGUGGAUAGAAAUCAGGGCACAGAAGAAAGAAAGUUUGAAGCAGUUGCUCUUGGUGAGACAAUGACAAAGCCAGCGCCACCAGUCCACACAAAUAAAUUAGCAGUAUCAGCUCGCUCAAGCUACAGGCCUCCCCCAAACAAAAUGGCAGCAGUAUCCAGCUUGACUCAGAAAACAGCCACAGAUGAAUAUUUGAAUGACAAGCAGAUCCAUGAAGUAACCACAUCUCAAGCCAGUAAAACACAGAUGCCAACAGUUGCCACAUCAAGAGUCCCAGGACAACCCAUAAUCUUGUACAAACCAUACUCCGGGGCAUCCAAUAUGCCAGGCCCUCAGGAGCAGGUGAUGCCAGCCAGCACCAGUGGUUCUGUCCAAACAGUGGAGCCACUGAUGGCACAAGCCCCCAGCUACACACAGCAGCUAGCUGUGAAAUCACCUGGCAAUCAGGCUCAGAGAGAGGAUCUCCGUUUCUAUGCUUCAGAUGACCCUCCGAGCUAUGAUGACCGGGAGAGUUUCAGCCCAUACCUCCUGCCAGACUUAGCUUCAAGAAGAGCAAACAGGUACCAUCCAAAUUCCAGGCCUCCUCCAUGCUCUUGCAGCUCAACAUGUUCCUCCCAUCCUGGCCACCCUCGUCUCAGCCCACACACUCGCACUCCUCCCAUGGCCCCUCACUCUCCAGGACAGUCCCUGCCCUACCCCGGGGUCCCACCUCAAGCCCAGGUCCGUCCUCAUCAGUGCAGACCUGACGGUCAACCUCUGACCUACAAACCAGGCUCACCUAAAGCUCCUAUGCUGAACCCUACCCAGCCCCCAGCCAUGUUCCAGCCACUCCACCCCCCGCCUGCCUGCCCUGGGCCACUGCUGCAGCCGUGUGGGGAGGAACGGCAACCUCCUCCUGGUCAGCAUGGGGACCGGCGUCCAGCCCAUCAUCCCACACAGCAGCAGCAGCAGCCACCAGGUGCCAGUAGUGGGCCAUACAGUGACCAUCUUCAUCCAUCCAGCAUGCCCCCCAUGGAGUCUAGACCCCAAUACCUGUGCAGUCCACAAGACCUGGCCUCCUCUUAUGGCCCAGAGUAUGGGAGCGAUGGGACAGGGGGUGGUAAUGUCAUGUACCCAGACAGUGCUGGGGGACUUGGGUAUGGACAAGGAGGCCCUCGCCGUGUUCUUCUAGACCCUGACACAGGGAAGUAUUUUUACAUUGAGGUGCCUAUGCAGCCCCUUAGAAAGAUGCUGUUUGACCCAGAGACUGGCCAGUACGUGGAGGUGCUAAUCCCACAGCAGGCUCUGUCACACUCUGGCCUGUAUCCCCCUCCUGCGGCCCCAUACUCCUCCCUGCAUGGGCCAAGUAUGUAUGCCCCUCAGUACCUCCCUUACCCUGUCCCAACUCAUCCCCAAGCUACUCACCCUCCUCGAAAUCCUGAGCCCCCGGUCCCCACAACGCUUCAUCAAAACAGCAUGGGUUACGGAACUCCAGGAGGCCAGGUGCCAAAGUCUGAGCUGCAAAACCAGCCACCUCUGGAUCAGGGCUACCUGGAAAGCAUGUAUUAUAUUCCAACGGGAAUGAAUGCAAGCCCAAACCCCACACCGUCUGACUGCUAUCAUAAGCCCUCUAACUUGCCUACUUCAGGGAGUAGAAGAUCUUGAGCUAAAGGACUUGAACUGCUCCCAGUUGUGUGGAGAGUAAAUGAAUGAAUGAAUAAAUUGAGAGGCCUUACCUGUCCCUAGGGUAAUAGCAGAAAUUACUUUGUGUUAGAAAAUGUUGUUUGUACCUUAAAUGAGAAUAUUUCAUUAUAUUAAAUUAUUGAUAGGUCCCCAUAUUUUUCACUUGGAGUAGGCUACACAUUCUGUCACUGCAAAUCACAUUACCCCCAUGCAAGCACUUUUCGAGUUUUUUUUUUUUUUUUUUUUAGUUUUUUGUUGUUGAUGGAAUUCAAUUUGUGUGCACAUGAAUUAAGCAGUAAAUGUCAUCACUUACUGAAUGUUUUAAGGAAUAAAGUUGCUGUGUAGAUUUAUAUAUAUAAUGUUUGGAUAAAAGUUUUACACAUUAAUUAAUUCUGUUUAUUGCCCUUCCUGAAAUUCAAAUGGCUGUUAAACCACAUUUAUCCAAUAAAGAA